ACUUUGACAGAUUGAACUGCAAAUAAUGUUGAUAUGUUUAAAAAUCUUGUUAGCCUACAUGUGCCCCUUGAUUAUUGUAAUUUGUCAAACUUCACCAUGAAACUUAAUCCCCUUGAAUUGCAUUGGCAAAAUUAGGGGGUCUGGAUCAAGGACAACCAGAAUAACUAGUUUAGACAUGCACUUGUUUGGCUAAAACCCAGAGCCCUAUACGGCUCUGCUGAAAUGUGAAAGCGAUUUGGGUGACGCUCAUGUGAAAGAGUCAGAGUGCGACUUGUUGCAUCAGAGGCAGGCAUAGAAAAGACAAGCAGGCGUGCCAACAACGGUUGGCGAGAAUGGGCUAUGCGGAUCCACUGGUUGGGCGAGACCUGCUAUGGAGCCUCUCCCUCAGUUUCGUCGUCUUGUGUGCCUUUUCCGUGAUAACACUGGUGGAGCAGGACCACUAUGGCAACAACUACGUCAGAAGUGGGCAACAGUUUAGCCGACUGCACGAAGAUGAGGCAGGCAACUGGAGCGGAUUAAACCUGCCAGACGACUCUCCACUGAGGCCUGCCAGAUAUGGGAGGAGAAGGUGUCUGGAGUCCUCGCAGGGGCUUUUGGAGUUCAAUUCCACAUCGUGUCAAAUGCUGAGGAAGGACAUCCUGGAUGUGAAGGUCCUCACUGAGGUGAAGACCUCAGAGUUGUUCGAGAGAUGGAGAAAUUUGCAGGUGUGCCAGUGGGAGCAGAAUAAAGUGGAGAGCAACAACCUCAGUGUGUCUCUGUCUGAGAGCUGUAAUGCAUCCUCCUUCCUCUUCACCACUAAGCGCAACACACCAUCAGGCACCAAGCUGCGCUAUGAGACCGACGGGGCCGUGCUCAUCAAGCCCCAGAUAUUUAACAUGUUCCCUGAUGACAUGCCUUAUUCAAGAUCAGAGUUUAAACGCUGUGCCGUCGUUGGGAAUGGAGGGAUCAACCUAAACAGCCAAUGUGGAAACGAGAUAGACUCAGCUGACUUUGUGUUCCGGUGCAACAUUCCGCCCAUCUCUGAUGAAUACUCUGCCGAUGUGGGAUCGAGGACUGAUUUUGUCACCAUCAACCCAAGUAUCCUCAUAGGGAGGUUCCAGAGUUUAGAUAAAUGGCGCUUGCCCUUCUACAAACACCUGCAGUCAUACCAGAAUGCCUCCAUCGUACUACCCGCCUUCUACAACAGAAUCAACACUGACGUCUCCUUCCGCGUCAAGUACACGCUGGACGACCUCGGCUCGCCGCAUGACGUCGUCUUCUUCCACACGAAGUACCUGCUUAAUGUCCAGCGCUUCUGGGCGCUGCAGGGCAUUCAUGCCAAGCGCCUGAGCACCGGCCUCAUGCUGGUCAGUGCCGCCAUGGAGCUGUGUGAGGAGGUGCACCUGUACGGCUUCUGGCCCUUCCCCACAAACCCGGCGGGUGACCUCAUCACGCACCACUACUACGACAACGUCAAGGGGCGGCCGGGCUUCCACGCCAUGCCGGAGGAGCUCUUCAACUUCAUGCAAAUGCACGCACGCGGCAUCCUGCACCUGCACACACAGCCAUGCUGCUGAUCGCCACACACACACACACACACACACACACACACACACAUACAGAUGGACACACACACACACACAUACAUGUACUGCCCAUGUCACCCCACUGCUCAUCCAGCUACAUUGGCUGCCAAAUUCAAGACUCUAACACUUGCCUUCAAAGUACCCUCUUCAUCUUCAAAAAACGUCUGAAAACCUAGCUCUUAAGAGAACAUCUCCUCUCUUAGCACUACUUACAACCAGUCUUGCCGAUCCUACGGACAAUUACUCUCAUUGAUGCACUUAUUGUGUUUUUUGUCUCUCUUCAGAGAAGAGCAUCUCUCAGAGCACUACUUACAACUAGUCUUGCUGAUCCUACGGACAAUUGCACUCAUUAAUGCACUUAUUCAUUGAUGCACUUAUUGUUGUUUCCACCCUCUGUUUGCGAGACAAGAUUAAAUGUUAAAGUAUAGCAAGCUUGAUUGAAUCGCUUCUAUCCAUAGGCCUACUGAUUACUGACUGAUGAGUAAGGGUCAAGCAAAACAUUUAAAGGUAGGCUAUAUUAAACGUGGGAACGAUGUACACACAAAUAUAUAAUUAAAUGUGGGAACGUUUUAUUAAAACGUGGGAACAAUGUAGUUAAAUCAUAUUAACGUUUAUUUAUUUCAUUCUCUCAUUAUAUUAAUCGUGCACUCGUUCAAUUAAACGUGCCCAUGAUUUAUAUUUUUUCACCACCAUGUGCCCUCCACGGUACCAUAGAAGAGUGUUUUAUUGGCAUCACACACAAGCAAUGACAAUAACACAGUUCAAUAUAUAUUAUACCAAUAAUAUAUAUAACAAUAUAUAUUUAUAUUUAUAUUUUGUUAUUGCUUAACCAGAGAAGUCCGAAACUAGUGGGGGUUUUUUUGCAUUGUUGAUUCCUUUGACUAAUCUUGGUAACUAGACAAUCUUUUUGGCUCUGAAUCUUUUAGCAGCGCCUGCUUUUAUGGAAAUGUUUACGCCUUGCGCAUGCACCGAAUGUACUUUCGACAUCAGCGUUGCUUUGGUGUGUUCCGAGGCACUUUUGUUUAACGAUUUGGGGAGACGAGAGCCAGCUGAUCAGUAGACUACAGUACAACUGCUUUUCUUCUGGCGGUCAGCCAGCCAUUGGCUCGGUGUGUCUUGAGCUCACAUGUGACUGCAGACUGAGAGGAUCUACAGGGGGAGAACAUGUUUUUGAUACCAUGCUAAAGUUGCCUAAA